CCCUGGGGAGGCAGCAGCAGCGCUCUUGGGAAGAUCCUUUCGGGCACUUCCACUCCUCUUAUUGCACGCUUUCCGCCCCCAGCUCUGCUCCUUCUGCUCCCACCAAAAGAUCUGGACGUAGCAGGCGCUGACAGCUCACGAGCAAGAGCCUGUGGGAAGGAGCUACCCUGUUCUCCUCGCUCCCCGACAAAGAUGAGGAGCCCUCUGCUAGGACUGACGUCCCUUCUGCUGCUGGGCAUGGCCUUAGCACAGCGCCAGGUCACUGUCCAGAAGGGCCCCCUGUACCGCACCGAGGGUUCCCACAUCACUCUCUGGUGCAAGGUCAGCGGCUAUCAGGGACCUUCAGAGCAGAAUUUCCAGUGGUCCAUUUACCUGCCCUCUGCCCCAGAGCGGGAAGUGCAGAUCGUCAGCACCAUGGACCCCUCCUUCCCUUAUGCCAUCUAUACACAGCGUGUCCGCAACAGGGAGAUCUAUGUGGAGAGGGCUCAAGGAGACUCCGUCUUGCUGCACAUCACCGAGCUCCAGGACCGGGAUGCUGGCGAGUAUGAGUGCCACACGCCCAACACUGAUGAGAGGUACUUUGGGAGCUACAGUGCCAAGAUGGACCUUGUGGUUAUUCCAGAUUCCCUCCGGGUGACCUCGCUUCCACAGACAUUAAACAAAGUGGAGCGUGACUCGCUGGAGCUGAAAUGCGAGGUGUUCAAGAGCACGGCCCAGCACAGCCACCUCUCCAUCUCCUGGUACCGACAGAAAGCAGGCGAGCCUCCUGUGGAAGUGAUCUCCCUUAGUCGCGACUUCGUCCUGCGGGCAGGCAGCACCUACUCGCAAAGGCAGGCUACCGGUGACAUCCGUCUAGACAAAGUAGGAGAGACGACAUCCAAGCUCACGGUCUACAACCUCCAGCCAUCAGACCAAGGCGAGUUCUACUGUGAGGCAGCCGAAUGGAUCCAGGAUCCUGACGAGUCCUGGUACGCCAUGACCCGCAAGCGAUCGGAGGGCACCAUCAUCCAUGUCCAGGCCACCGAUAAAGAGUUCAGUGUCCGACUGGAGACGGAGAAGCGGACGUACACAGUGGGUGAGCCAGUGGAGUUCAGGUGCAUCCUGGAAGCACAGAACGUUCCCGAGCGCUACUUCUCCAUCUCCUGGGCCUUUAACAGCUCUCUGAUUGCCAGCCUUGGGCCCAAUGCUGUGCCUGUGCUCAACAAUGACUUUGCCCAGCGUGAGGCCCUGGGGCAGCUCAAGGUGGCCAAGGAGAGUGACAGUGUCUUUGUUCUGAAGAUCUACCGUCUCCGCCUGGAGGACAGUGGCAAAUACAACUGCCGGGUGACUGAGCGGGAAAAAACCGUGACUGGGGACUUCAUCGAUAAGGAGAGCAAGAGACCUAAGAACACACCCAUCCUGGUCCUGCCCCUCAAGACCAGCAUCUCUGUGGAGGUGACCAGCAACACCAGCAAUGUCCUGGAGGGGGAGAGCCUGCGCUUUGGCUGCAACGUGCGCUCAGGAUUUGGGGCCCAAAGUCGCCUCUCAGUCACUUGGCAACUCGUGGACAAACAGAACCGGCGCAGUGAAAUUGUGCGACUGGACCGGGAUGGCACACUGCAACCAGGCCCCUCUUACACAGAGCGCAGCAGCUUUGGGGGUAUCCAGAUGGAGCAGGUGCGGCCUGGAUCCUUCACUCUGGAGAUCUUCAACAGUGUGAAGGCAGAUGAAGGCCACUAUGAGUGCCGUGUGACUGAGUGGACGCGGAUGCUGGACGGGGAGUGGCAGAUGGUGGGGGAACGGCACACGAGCAUGCCUGUAUCCAUCACUGCUCUGGAGGCUGGUUUUGCUGUCACAGCCAUAUCCCGCACUCCCGGGGUGACCUACAAUGAGUCAUUUGACCUACAGUGCAUCAUCAAACCACACUACCCAUCCUGGGUCCCUGUCUCAGUGACAUGGCGGUUCCAGCCAGCGGGCAGCACAGAAUUCCACGACCUGGUCACCUUCACUCGGGAUGGCGGGGUCCAGUGGGGGGAGAGAUACAUGGGCUUCCGGACCCGCACUGCCAUCGAGAAAGCAGAGUCUAGCAAUAAUGUGCGCCUCAGCAUCAGCCGUGCCAGCGACACAGAGGCAGGGAAAUACCAGUGCGUGGCUGAACUGUGGCGGAAGAACUACAACAGCAGUUGGACGCGACUGGCUGACAGAAUCUCUAACCUUCUAGAGAUCAGAGUCCUGCGGCCAGUGACCAAGCUGCAGGUCAGCAAAUCAAAGCGGAGCAUCACCCUGGUGGAGAACAGGCCCAUCCCUCUGAACUGCUCCGUGAAAUCCCAGACCAGCCCGGACUCUCACUUUGCUGUGCUGUGGUAUGUCCACAAGCCCUCUGAUGCCGAUGGCAAGCUCAUCUUGAAGACCACUCACAGCUCUGCCUUUGAGUACGGCACCUACGCUGAAGAGGAGGGCCUGAGGGGGAGGCUGCAAUUUGAGCGGUCUUCCUCUGGCGGGCUUUUCAGCCUUACCGUCCAGCGGGCCGAGGUCAGCGACAGCGGCAGCUACUACUGCCACGUGGAGGAGCAGCUGCUCAGUCCUAACCAUGCCUGGUACAAGCUGGCUGAGGAGGUGUCUGGGCGAACCGAAGUCACAAUCAAGCAGCCAGAUAACCACCUACAAGUGAACCAGACCCAGAAGAACCUCACCAUUCUGGAAAACCAGUGGGUGACACUGGAGUGCCUGGUCACCAACCGAACCAGCUUUUCUUCCCAGCUCUCUGUGGAAUGGUUCGUGUGGAAGUCUGGACACCCAGAAAAAGAGACAGUGGCUCGUCUGAACCACCAGGCCACCCUGCAGUAUGGGGACCUGGCAGCACUGAGUGACCUGAAGAACAGGCUGCAUUUGGAGAGCCCUUCUCCUGGCCUGUACCUUCUCACCAUCCAGAAUGCAACUGUGCAGGAUAGUGGGGCCUAUGACUGUAGGGUGGAGGAGUGGCUGCUGGAUCCCAGCGACCGGUGGUAUAAGCGAGCAGAAGAUCUCUCUGGGCUGACAACAGUCACAGUGAAACAACCAGAUCCCACACUGCAGGUGGAUGCCACCAACUCCAACCUCACAGUGGUGGAGAAGGAGUCCUUCCUGUUGGACUGCAAUGUUCUGUCCCGCUCCAGCCAGGAGUCUGUCUUUGCUGUGACCUGGUACAACCUGAAGGCUAAAGAGGGAGGAGGUCGCGUGGAGGAGGAGGAGCAGGAGGCCCUGCUGAGUGUGGGCCUAGAUGCAGUGUUUAGCCAGGAGACUAGCCGCUGGGAAGGCAGGCUGCGCUUCCAGAUUCUCUUCCGACUGACUGUGCUGCAGGCAGGCACUGCUGAUGCUGGCAACUACUCCUGUCACGUGGAGGAAUGGCUGCCAGACCCCAGUGGGGGAUGGGAAAAGCUGGCUGAGGAGGAAUCUGGCACCAUUGCUGUUCACGUGCAGGGUACAGGCUCCACUCUGCAGUCCAUCAUCUGCUCCAACGAUGCCCUCUUCUACUUUGUGUUCUUCUACCCCUUCCCCAUCUUUGGCAUCCUGAUUAUCACCAUCCUGCUGGUGCGAUUUAAGAGCCGGAACUCCAGCAAGAACUCAGAGGGCAAGAAUGGGGUCCCCUUGCUGUGGAUCAAAGAGCCCCACCUCAACUACUCCCCCACCUGCCUAGAGCCACCUGUACUCAGCAUCCACCCUGGAACUAUAGACUAAAAAGGAAGGACCUGGACAGAUCUGUAGAGCGAGAUGGACACAGACAGACACACACACACCUGGACCCUUAAGGAACAGCGUGGUUUUUGUUCUUGUUCCAAGUGUUUCAGCAUCUGUAUUUCAGCUUCAUGACUCAGCUCUGUAGUCCCCGGUCUCCGGGGACCAGAGGAUGUGAGGCUCUGUGACUAGUCACAGAAGUGGAUGGAGAGUCCACGUGCUUGCUGUACAUAGCAGAUUUUCCUCUUGGAUUUAUUUUGUUCUCAUCAGUUGUUGUCCUUUGGGCUGCAAUUUUUUUUUUUUUUAUUACCCAAAGCCCACAGGCUUCCCCUCCUUCCAGGGGCCGUUCUGUUUGUGAGACUCCUGUUUGCUGGGUGUUUCUAGAUGCUCUGUGGGGAGCAAAUGUGUUCUGAAACCAAGUCAGUUCUCCCUCUUUGGGACUUCCAUGUUGCAAUGAACAAAACCUCUCCCAGAGGUGAACCAAGCCAGCUGCUCGCUAUUCCAAAGUGAACAGAACCAGAACUGCACCUCAAGGGCAGCUGGGUUUUUGCAAGUCCCUCUGAAAAAGUUACAGGCUCAGUGCGUCCAUGUGCCCCAUCCACUGCUCUUCCAGUAGAGGAGGAACUUCCCUCCAUGGAGUGUUUCCUUGUUCUUGGGCAGGUCUGAAUACCCAAGGCAUUUUCAGUUUGAACUAACACAGUCUUGUUUGUUUUGAAGGACGGGGGAGAGGCACCGCAGGGUACUCUGGCCCUGCUUCCCACAGAGUCUGGUUUAUCGGAGACAUGAGCCUCACCUUGGUCUUAAUAAACCCUUCUGCCACCUUCUCAAAGCCUGGGUUGCCUGGGUGCUUCUGUGGCAUGGAGGUAACAGGCUGGAUCCAGCUUCUGAAGACCUUCAAUUUGACCAAAGUAAUGACUCUAGGAAUGGGGAAAGGAGAGCUUCCAUGGACUGGGAUUCAUUGUAUCCAAACAGUUCUGCAAGGGUGCUAGAUUAUGGCCACGCUGGGCAGUGGGAGUGUGGAAUUAAUGGCCAAGUUUCAUUUCUUCCUCCGAUGGCUUGCACUGUUUCCUUGUGUGAGUUGAAACUAGGCAAGGGGCCAAUACAUGGAAACUGGUCCUUGGCUGUUUCUGUGCCCUCUUGAUUUGAAAUGAAAUGAAUUCUGUUCCCCUUUCCCUUCUGUGUGUUUAUGUGCCAUUUACUGUUACUUGGGCUUUAUUUUGGUAGGAAAACCACCUCUUCCUCCUCAACCUCACCCUAUCCACAAAUUGUCUCAUCUUUGUAAGCAAGUGCUGUGGCAGUGAGUGCUGUUCUUUCUGUGAAAGAUAAUGGCUGUUUGCAAGCCAAACUAGAGCCACAUAGGCACAGGCACCCACCUGCCAGUCCAACAAACCAGAUACCCCUGCUGCGUCUUGGGGAGGAAUCUCCCUCCUCUCUAACAUGUCCUCAGAGUUAUGUCUGGGGAAGGAGAACGUUUGCCUGAAAUGGCCUUUCAUUGUCUUCCUUGAUGUCUUCCUUGCAAAUCUGACCAUUUAUCUUUUGCAGAGUGGUUGAAUUCAGAUGGGGAUAUACCACAGCAUGCUACCAAUUUAUGUGAGAGGGAAGAACGAGUCCCACAGCUUCUGCCCUCUCAAGACCAAUAGGAUAUUCCUCCUGAAGAGGGAUUCUUGAUCCAGCCACCGCCUCCUGAUAACUGUAGGGUUAGUAGAUUUUACCCUGAUGCCUGCCUGUUUCAGAGCCACGUGCUGCUGAAGUCAUGCAGAAAUCUGCAAUACAUAUAAUCUCUCAAAGGAUGUAGGGAGAGGGGUGUAUAUGCAUAAUGCCUCACUCCACUGGAGGGAGACUCCAUCUUCCAUGGAUUUUAACACUUCCCUCUCCUUCAUGAGUGAAAAAUUUGCUACAUUGAGACAUCCAGAAUUUAUAUGUACCUCCUUGAGAUGUCCCUCCAUCAAACUGUCACUGCUUAAUAGGCCCUCUGCAGGUAUCAUAAUAUUACAUACUGUGCACACACUCUUGUCUUCCCCUUCCAUAUAUAUGAAGGAGCUUGCUUAGAUGAGAGAAAUGAAAAAUGAAUGGAGAUGAAAAAGCAUGAUUAAGAAAAAAAAAAAAAAAGGAGCCCUAGCCAGUGGUAUUGUUUUAUAGAUGUAAAAUCUACUGUACAUAACUGCUUCAGGGCAGGAACUGCAAUUCAUUUCAGCUUUAAAGGAAACAAGAAAUUGGCAGGAGCCUUUCCUGCCCUAAGAGAACGCUGCUCCUCAUCUCUGUGUUGGAAGUCUGCUGUACUGACCCAGUAGCAGCUGUGUGUCUAUCCUUUUUUAACUGGCACUGCUUUCCUCCCCCCUCCUUUUUUACUGUGGAAAGUUUUCCCACAGUGACCUCCAGCGGCCAAAAACACACCCUUCGGUGGCUUCAGUCUGAACUAGAUAUAUUCUUGAGGGCCAAUUCAUAGGAUUCCUCUGUAAGCAGCCGUUACGUUACACAGUUUACCUUGUAAAUGGUUUAUCCAUGGUUCUGGCAACACAUUGCCCAGUCUUAAACUUUUUUAUACAUAUAUAUAUCUCUAUAAAUAUAAACCAGACUUCCUGUAACAAGUUUUAACAUGAAGCUUUUCGGACAACGUUCUCUGCUUUAAACUUCUGUCACGAACUAAGAAGAAAAGACAGAAACCUAUCUGUGCAUGAUGUGGAAAACUGUUUGGGAUUUUUUUUAAAGAACUUUGUACUAUGUUGCACUACACGUUUUAUACAACACACCUGAGAACUGUAGUAAACUGUGUUGAAAUUGUGA